CUAAACAACGCUUUUCGGAGAAGGAGCGCGCGCGCGCGAGAGAGAGAGAGAGAGCGAGAGAGCGCGCGCGAGAGAGAACGUCCGUUAUCAGAAGACCCGCAGCUCAAACAAAAAUAGAGAGAAGAGGGCUUACAAACAAACGAGGCAAAACAGAGAGUCGAGUGUGUGUGACACCUGACCUAAGAGCUAGCUCUAGUUGUGUAGCUAGCUAAGGGCUAAGGCAAGCUGUAUCAAAAGAGAGUGUCAAUAAUCUAACUGAGGAGAGAGAGAGAGAGACACACACACACACAGAGGGAGAGAGACAUGGCUACGACGACCUGCACUCGAUUUACGGACGAAUAUCAGCUAUACGAAGAGCUCGGGAAGGGAGCGUUUUCAGUGGUGAGGCGAUGUGUGAAGCUGUGCACAGGCCAAGAGUACGCUGCCAAAAUCAUCAACACCAAAAAACUCUCAGCCAGAGAUCAUCAGAAGCUCGAACGAGAGGCUCGAAUCUGUCGACUGCUCAAGCAUCCAAAUAUCGUUCGACUUCAUGACAGCAUAUCAGAGGAAGGCUUCCACUACCUUCUGUUUGACCUGGUGACCGGGGGAGAGCUGUUUGAAGACAUCGUCGCCAGAGAGUACUAUAGCGAGGCUGACGCCAGUCAUUGCAUCCAGCAGAUCCUGGAGGCGGUGCUUCACUGCCAUCAAAUGGGCGUGGUGCACCGAGACCUGAAGCCAGAGAACCUGCUCCUGGCCAGUAAGUGUAAGAACGCUGCAGUCAAGCUGGCUGAUUUUGGACUGGCCAUCGAGGUGCAGGGAGACCAGCAGGCAUGGUUUGGGUUUGCAGGGACACCAGGGUAUCUGUCCCCUGAGGUGUUAAGGAAGGAGGCAUAUGGAAAACCUGUGGACAUCUGGGCCUGUGGUGUGAUCCUCUACAUUCUGCUGGUUGGUUAUCCUCCGUUCUGGGACGAGGACCAGCACAAACUCUACCAGCAGAUUAAAGCUGGGGCUUAUGAUUUUCCAUCUCCAGAGUGGGACACAGUCACUCCUGAAGCCAAAAACCUCAUCAACCAGAUGUUGACCAUCAAUCCAGCCAAGAGAAUCACUGCACAGGAGGCUCUUAAACACCCAUGGGUUUGCCAACGCUCUACAGUGGCCUCCAUGAUGCACAGACAAGAGACAGUGGAGUGCCUGAAGAAGUUCAACGCAAGAAGGAAACUCAAGGGCGCUAUCCUGACUACCAUGCUGGUGUCCCGAAACUUCUCUGUGGGUAGCAGGCAGACCACGGCUCCGGCCUCGGUCACUGCCGCCGCUGCUGCUGUUGCUGCAGCAGCAGGCACCACAGCAGGGCUGGUGGAACAAGCAGCCAAGAGUUUGCUGAAUAAGAAGGCUGAUGUCAAGAAGAGGAAGUCAAGCUCAACCGUUCAGUACAUGCCCCAGACCAACAGCACCAAAAACAGCAUAGUCACGAGCCCCAAAGGAAACCUUCCCUCUCCUGCACUGGAAGCUCAGACCACUGUUAUACAUAAUCCAUUGGAUGGGAUUAAGGAAUCAUCUGACAGCAGCAAUGCCACAGUGGAGGAUGAAGACAUGAAAGGAAAGAGUGUUGAUAACAGCUCAGGUCAAACCCAGUCAAACCCCAGCUUCCAGGGAGACCACACAGUUCAGGGUCCUGCCCCUCCUGUCUUCUCUUCCACCAAGCUCUCGGACCUGCUGGGUGUGGUACGCAGGGGCUCAGGCCCUGCGACUGAUGGUGAGGGGAGCGCCAGUACCCCCUCCCCCACCCCCCAAACCCCCAACAUUCCCUUGCAGAUGUCACGUCUGACAGAUCUGGUGAGCAGCGUGCGCAAGAGUUCAGUCCCCCAGACCGAUGCCGACUCAGCUACACCCAGUCGACCACACACUGCCCCGAACCCUGUUCCUGCUCCAAACCCAAUUACUGCCUCAUCCCAAUUUUCCCAAUCCUCCCCUCCUCCCCCACAGCCCUCCUCCAGCCCCCUGUCUGCACUACACUCACGCAAACAGGAGAUCAUUAAAAUCACUGAACAGCUUAUUGAGGCCAUUAACAAUGGAGACUUUGAAGCUUAUGCUAAAAUCUGUGAUCCUGGUUUGACCUCAUUUGAGCCGGAGGCUCUGGGGAACCUGGUGGAGGGCAUGGACUUCCACAGAUUCUACUUCGACAACUUAUUGUCUAAGAACAGCAAGCCCAUCCACACCACCAUCCUGAACCCUCACGUGCACCUGAUCGGUGAAGACGCCGCCUGCAUAGCCUACAUCCGCUUGACGCAGUACGUGGAUGGGCAGGGCCGGCCACGCAGCAGCCAAUCAGAGGAGACGAGGGUGUGGCAUCGCCGGGACUCCAAGUGGCAGAAUGUCCAUUUCCACUGCUCGGGAGCUCCUGCCGCUCCACUGCAGUGAAGGGACAGGUUUGGUCUAGCCACGUGCGACAAGAGCGUCCAGCCAGAGAGGGAGAGAGAAAGGAAGGGAGAGGGAGGAAGGAGAGGAAGUCCAGUGUCAGUGCCUGACCCUUCCACACUGGGCUCCGCCCCUUCGCCUGUCAAUCACGUCUCUGUGCAAUGUCCACCCCUCCCCCUUCCUUGUUCCCCCUCCCACUGUGUUGCCACACCCGUUCUGUGUGCGAACGAGCCGAGUGAGGUGAUCUCUGACUGUCCGUGACGCGUCACGCUUUCUCUCUCACUGUCUCAGUGCGGAUGGCGAGCCUGUGUGUUCACCCAUUUUUAAUAUUCAUAUUAAUCAUUGAUAUUAUUACUGUUGUUUAUUAAUAUGAUUACUACACAGAAGCAAUCGUGUGUCAUUUGUACAGUUCAUAUUUUGGAUGCUAGUGUUUUUUUUUUGUUUUUUUUUUAUAUAUAUAUAUAUAUAUAGAUAGCAUGACACUCGCUGUAUCCACGGUGGUUGUUUCUAUAGUAACAGAGGCGGCGAGUUGAAGCACAGCGUUUGGUGUGGGAUGAUUCAAAGCUCGACUACACGUGUGUGUGUGUGUGUGUGUGUGUGCGCGUGUGUUGGGGUAGAGCUAAACAGAGCGAUGUGUUUGGGGUCUUCCAGUCUUUUGUUCUGCCCUUUGAAACAAUGCGAUAAUUCGCCGUAGCUCCUGAAUCAGCUCUUCUGCCUUUUGUAACUUUAGGCGGAUCAAUUCGAUUAGACUUCGCUGCGACCUAACGUAAAGACUCAUGACUAAGGAACGUCACUAAAGAAUCUCUGUGCUUACUUAUCGUUGCGUACUUAAAACCUGAUCUCAGCAGCUCUGACACUGACUGCAAUAUCAGUAUUAAAACAGCCCAUCAAACGUUUCUCCAUACUCAGCUGAACACGUUACUGAACUGUAUUAAAGACUGUGUGUGUGUGUGUGUGUGUGUACAUUAUAAGCCAUAAUCCAGCUAAAGGUGCUACAUAUCAGUCUAGCCUGCAUCUGCAUGCCCUGGUCUUGUCCAAACGGCACAAACAGCACAUACAUGGGUUUCUAAUAUCGUCUAAGAGCUUAUGCUAAAAAAACGAUUUAUAAUUAAGGCCUAUUAGGUGAGGCAGGAUGUAGCAAAACCCUUGAGGCUGUGAGUGAAGAUCUGAAUUUUCAUUUGAAAACUGUGUGGGGUUUUUUUUUUUUUUUUUUUUUUUCCUUUAUCAUUUCUAAUUCUGUCACAAGGAUUGGAUGUUAUCCUGUUGUGUUUAACUAUAAGUGUAUAUCUUAAGGUUAAGGUUAAAUAAGGUUAAGGAUAAAAAUAUAGCUCUCUCUCACUAUAUAUAAAACAUGACUUUUUGUUUUUCUUUUCGAAGGAGUGUGUUAGUACAUGAAAGCAAGUUGCUACGCUGGAAGAGAAGGGAUGAUCUGAGUCUAAGGUAUUGUUAAGUGACAAAUUUAUCAAAGAGAUACGUACGCCAGGGAAAUUUUUGUAAUACGAGGAGUUUGAAAGUUCGAUUCUCUUUACAUGAAGUGUACUUAAGAAAGAUAACGUAUACCACGUCCAGAAGAGCCGGGCCGUACGCCGGCAUUAGUCGGCUUUCGAGUUGCAGCUGAGCGCGAGGGACUCAAAUACGAGAGAAGCCUAACGAUCAGGCGAACGAGAGACCCUUUUGUCCUUGAAACGAGGCUGUUUCAGAGGCUUAUUCAUCGUUUGUGUCCUCAGGUUGUAUUUAUUUAUUUAUGUAUUUAUUUAUUUAAGUAUUUUAUCUACAUUUUUUUUUUUUUGGUCAUGCUUUUUAACUUCUGUCCUUUUGUACAGCCUUUUUUUUUCCACUCACGAGCGAAUUUUAUUGUCAUUGUUUUACAGUGUAGUGACAAUAUCAGGCUUUAGUGAAUAUUGUUAUUAAUCUUUGAGCUUUUACAGCUUUGAUGGGCACUUAUUUUCCUCGAAGCCCCUUUUACAGAUCCUACAGUGAAUCAUUUAAAAAGGAGUCGUAUUUGUGAACGGGAGCGACCCCAUAAGACAAUCAGGAUGGGUAUCUGUUUUGGCUCUAGUGCUGUGCUUCGGGCCGGGUGUAUUUUAGAGUCAAUUCUCUGUGGAUCCCUUUUGUGUCCCACUCUGGAUGGCUCAUCUCGUCUCUUGUCUUGACACAAAGUGAUAUGAGACUAGUACAUAUGUUUAUAUAUGUUUGCUAUAAAAAAAAAAAAAAAAAUACCCACUCAAGGUCACUCCGUGAAUAUUAUUUAAAAAAAAAAAAAAAAAAAAACAUAACUAAACAGCAUGUAAAAUGUACUAAUGUUCUUCUUUAAUGUGUGUUUACCAUUGAAAAUAAUCAUGUAAAAUAAGUGAUGCACAUUAUUACUCUUAAACAGGACACACAGUAUUAAAGCGGCAGUUUACUAGCGUUUUAGCCGGACUUUCUUUGCAUGACAAGUCACUCAAACAAGAAGUUUGGUGUUCUUUCUCUUUCUUCUUUAUUUUUUUUGGGGGGGUUAUUUUCAUUUUCUAUUGAAUGCUGGUUAUUUAAACCUUUCUCUUAUCUAUUUUCCAAGCUUUGUAAGUGCAUAAAAAUAUUUUUGUCUCGAUGAAUAUUAUGUAAACGAAAAAGGUGUAAUAAACACUGAGAUCAAGAUUCUAAAAUCGGUGAUAAUAUUUCAAGGCAUGCUUUUUUUUUUUUUUUUUCUUUUUCGUAUUCACGCUCCUUGUUGUCAGUGCAGGUGGCUGAUGUGAUGUCUGAAUGAACAGGAACCGAACGGAGGAUUUGGAUUCGCUUUCAGCAUGAAUAAUUGCGUUACUCUGUUGGAUAGACACUGAAGUAAUUAUAGUGAUUGUGCUUAAUACACUUAGACCUGUGGAGUGAAAUCCCAGUUGCUCUUAUUCAUCAGGGAAGUGGAGAUGUAGACGUACUUGCUUUCAGGAUGCUCGUAAGGGUCAUCAGUUACGAAACAGUGGAGAAGUUGAAUCUGAUGUGAAUGAUGUAGUAAUAUUACCUGCACUGAUAACGCAAACCACUCGACUCGGUUGUUUUAGUACCGUAUCGUUUCACGCCGUUCCUAAUUCCCUGCUGUUCUUCCGUUUCACCUAGUUACUCUGAAGUUGAAGUCUUCACGGUAGCCCGCUGUCUGUUUUGGGUUCCUGUAUAAGAUAUUAUACUCUUUUAUUUCUCUGAUUAUUCUUACUCUUAUUGUUGCUCUGUUCUCAAACUUGCUAUGUGUUACCUGACUUAAGGAAAUGUGUUCAAGUGUUCGAAAUAAAAAUGAAGAUUUAAAUACUAAA